CAAGCCCUCAUCGCCGCCGGCCUCUCGUUCUCUCUCGAUCUCGAUCUCGAUCUCGAUCUCAUCGGCGAAAUGAGACCUCCGAGAGGUGGUGGGCGUGGUGGUGGGGGUGGAUUUAGGGGGAGGAGUGAUGGAGGGGAGGGGAGAGGGAGAGGAGGUGGUGGGAGAGGAGGGCCGGAAGGUCGUGGCGGCGGGAGAGGCCGUGGACGUGGUGGCGGUGGUAGAGGAGGUGGGAGGGGUCGUGGAGGACGUGGUGGAGGGAUGAAGGGAGGGAGCAGGGUUGUCGUUGAGCCGCAUAGGCAUGAUGGUGUGUUCAUUGCGAAGGGGAAGGAGGACGCUCUUUGCACUAGGAAUUUGGUCUCUGGAGAGUCUGUUUAUGGUGAGAAGCGUGUUGCUGUGCAGAAUGAAGAUGGAACUAAGACUGAGUAUAGGGUGUGGAAUCCGUUCAGAUCUAAGUUAGCAGCAGCUAUUCUUGGCGGUGUUGAUAAUAUCUGGAUUGCUCCUGGAACACGAGUACUGUACCUUGGAGCAGCAUCAGGAACAACCGUAUCUCAUGUCUCUGACAUUGUUGGACCUACUGGAAUGGUCUAUGCUGUUGAGUUUUCACAUAGGAGCGGCAGGGAUCUUGUUAACAUGGCAAAGAAGCGGACAAAUGUCAUCCCCAUCAUCGAGGAUGCCAGGCAUCCGGCAAAGUACCGAAUGCUGGUUGGAAUGGUUGAUGUCAUUUUCUCAGAUGUUGCCCAACCUGAUCAGGAUCUUAGCCCUGAAUGCCUCCUACUUUUUGAAGAAUGGGGGUCAUUUUGUGAUCUCAAUCAAGGCAAAUUGUAUCGACUCAACUGUCCCAGCGGAGGCUGUCUUUGCCCAAGAAGUUAAGAAACUUCAAGCUGAUCAAUUCAAACCUUCCGAGCAGGUAACCCUAGAGCCAUUUGAAAGAGACCAUGCCUGUGUUGUCGGUGGGUACCGGGUGCUGAAGAAGCAGAAAGCUACCUAAAUCCAUUUGUCUGAUUGAAUGUGGACUAUUUUGCAACACAAGAAAAUUAUCCCUUGUUUUUGUUUAUGUUUUCUUUACCAGUGAUGAGGAUGAUAUCCUGUUUUAUUAUUCUCUUGGUUUUGUAGGCAAUGAAUGACAGGUUUUUAUUAUGGCAAUAUGCUUGCUUUUAGCCUCAGAAAAUUGCCCUAAUUAAUGGCACUUGUCUUGAACUUUUCUUGUGCAAAUUUGCGGAAGAAUAUGAGUUUGCACAGCUUGCUUUA